AUGUCUUCAUCUCCAGUCGAUCGUAUGUCUGGCGCAUCAACUCCAACUCUUCUUGCAAUGUCAUCAUUUGCUACAAAUCGAUUACAUGAAGAACUCAAUGGUCUUAAACGUUGGCGUCAAAUGUAUGAUUCUGCAAUGAAUGAAAAAAACGAAGAAUUACAAAAAUAUCAAUUAAUUAAUCAACGACAAGCACAAACACUUAAUGAUUCAAUUGUACAAAUUGAACAACAAACAAUGACCAUUAAUUCAAUGAAACAAAAUGAAGUAUUAUUAGAGAAAAAAGUAGCAAAACUUGAAGAACUUCAUCAUAUAUUGAAGAAAAACGUUGCUAAAUUAGAAAAAACUGUUUCACAAUGUGAAUUUGUUCGUGUUGAUCUUGAACGAAUGUAUGAACAUCAAGAACGAAGUGUGAAAACACUUGCUGAUCGUGUUGAUUCAACAAUUGAAGCUAAAUUACAAAAUUUAAAAUCACAAUUGAAAUCAGCUGAACAACUUCAUGAACAAGUUUGUAUGGAACUUAAUAAACAAAUUUAUGAACGAACACAAGACCAUACUCAAGCAACAGCUCAUAUUACUGAAUUAACAGCUAAAAUAAAUCAAUAUCAACAAAUUAUUGAAACAUUAUCAAUCGAAAAUAAUGCAAAACUCAAUUCGAAAAAUCAGGAAAUUGUUGAUUUACAAAAACGAAUUGAUACAUUAGUUUUAAAAAUUGAUGGUAAUAAAGAAGAAAUAUUUAAUUUACAGGAAUUAAAUACAAUUUUACAUAUUCAAAUUGAUGAAAUGAAACAGAAAACAGUUAAACAUACUGAAUAUCAUGAAACAGAAGUUCAAGCACAUCAAGCUGAAAUUAAUAUUCGGGAAAAAGAGAAGGAACAAUUACAAAUGAACAAUCAACAAUUAAUUGAACAAAUCGCUCAUCGUCAUAAAGAAAUCGAAGAAUUAAAAGAAAAAAAUGAAUUAUUACAAAAUGAAAUCAUCGAAAUAAAUCUUAAUUUAACCAAACAAUUAGAUCAAACACGUGAACAAAUGAAUGAUUAUUCAAAACAAUCAAUCGAAUACGAUAAUCGAUUGGAAAAACAUAUUGCUGAAAUAAAUGAAAAAACCAAACUUAUUGAUGAAUUAAAUAUUAAACAAAAAGAAUUAUUAGAAAAAAUAGAAUUUAUUGAUGAUGAUAUAAUACAAUUGACAAAAGAAAAUGAAGAAUUACGAGAUCAAAAUCAUGCUUUACUUCGAGAAACUGAUGAACAUACUGAACAAUCGAAACAGAAAGAUGUUAUUGUUGAAGCAACAAAUAUUGAAAUUGGUGAAAAAGAAAAAGAAAUUGAAGAAUUAAAAAUAAAACUUGCAUCACUUGAAGAACGUCUUUCGAAAAAUCAAAAUUUACUUACAUCAUUACGUUCAUCGAUGGGUGAAAAGGAUGCAAAAAUUAAACGUCUUGAACAAGGAUCAAUUAUGGCUCAAUCACCACGACCACCAACUGUACGUCGAACGGGUAUAAAUCAUCCGUUAGCAAAUCAACAAAAACCAACACCUUCAAUUCGACCACCACUACCACCAUCAGUAUCAAUUAAUCAACAAACAAAAAUUAAUCCACGAGAAAAACGUAUGUUACCACCACCAGCUGCUAAUGAUUUAACAUCAACACCAAAAAAAAUUCUUCGACUUAGUCAAACAAAAGCAGCUAUCGAUCAAGCUCAUGCUCUUGAACAAUCAAUUUCACCUGUACCUGAUGAUGAUCGAGAUGAAGUUGCAUCAAAUACUAGUGUAGCUAGUUUAUUCGAAUAUUUAAAGAAAAUUUAA